AUGCAACAUCACACAGGUAACUCAUUAUCAAAAAAUGGAAAAAGGUCGGAAAGAUAUACACAGAAAGAACUGAGAUUUUUACUCGAGGAAGUUCAGAAGUAUCCAAAUAUUAUAGAGUCACCGAAUAGUCAUAGUGAGACAAAACACAGAAAGUUUGUAUUAUGGCAGCACAUUUCAAAAAAGUUACAAAACAAAUUUCCUGAUUCUAGCUACAAAUCUCCAAUUCAGCUCAGAAAUUGGUGGAAAAGAACUAAAAGUAGGGCUAAACAACGUCUUUCGUGUGGACCAUUUUUUAUGGAAAAAUGUAAAUUCACUGAAAAUGGUAUCAGAGAAGUUCAUGAAAACAGCCGAGGAUACCUGGAGACAAUUUUUUCUGAAAUCUGUGAGUUCAGGCGUCAGAUAAUGACUUCUUAUACACCGGAGAAAGAAGAUUCCGAAUUUAUGAAAUUUUUAGAGGAAACAUCAGAAGAUUAUAGUUCAGAAGAUGGAGAACGCGUGAGUGGACCUUCAGAAUCUAGUGAGUUUGAAAACGAUUCAUUGAAAGAAUCAUUCGGGGCCUUUGCACGUGGAAAAAUCUUAUCUUUUAGUAGCAAUCGCAGCAUAGAUUUGCUAGAAAAUAAUCACGUUCGAAGUUCAAGUCCCAAAGAUGCUCAUAAAGAGACUAAUGUUUCUCCUCAAAAUUUUUUCGAUUACGACCCAACCGAAACAAUUCUAAAAAAUUAUAAUGAAGGUGAAUCUAUAUCACAGAAGGAUAAUACUAAUGGUCUACUUAGUCAGAUUUUCACAAACGCAGCAGCGAAUUUUCUAUCAAACUAUAAACAUUUAAUUGAGAAUCCAUCACUUUGUAGUACGAGCGGAAUAUAUUAUUCUGACACCGAUAUGUCGCAUAAAAAUUCUGAUGAAAACAGUGGUGACGGUUUGACAGAAGAACCAAGUUUGAGUGGUAAUUCGUCUUCGCUCUUGACCGAAGCUUCUAAAAACCUUGAACUGUCAACGAAUGAAAAUAAUGUGUUUUGUAUUCCUUCGGUUUCAAGUCAUUCUAACUGUAUGCCAAUGCUAAAUGCGUCUAACUCAUUCAGAAACAUUAAUAAUGGCUCUGACUGUUCGUUUUUGUGGCUGGAACUGAUGCAAAUAGAUAAUGAAAUACUUAAACUUAAAAAACGAAAACUGGAUCUAGAAAUUACUAUUUCAGAUGACUGCCUAAAUAAUUAUCUGCAAAAACUACAUGUACCGUAA